GUUCUGUAUGCAGAAGAGUGUCAGACUGGUGCCAGGAGUCACGCUGGAUUUAAUAGAGAAGAUUCCUGGAAGACUGAAUGACAGGAGAACUCCCCUGGGAGAGCUGAAUUGGAUCUUCACCGCUAUCACGGACACCAUUGCAUGGAACGUCUUGCCUAGAGACCUUUUCCAGAAGCUCUUCAGGCAAGACCUGCUUGUGGCCAGUUUAUUUCGUAACUUUCUCUUGGCAGAAAGAAUUAUGAGAUCUUACAACUGUACCCCUGUCAGCAGCCCUCGUCUACCUCCAACGUACAUGCAUGCGAUGUGGUAA